AUGCUUGAAGUUUCAUCAACUGAGAUUAACUUUGAAUUUAAAAAUGACAUUUAUAUUCCUUACAACUUGAGUUUAAAAAAUGUCACAUCUUAAUACUUAGCAUAUAAAGUUUAAGAAAAUCAAUAUUUGAUAGAUAAAAUCCACAAAACCAGAAUUAUUUUCUGUUAAAUAAAGUAGAGGCUUAAUUUCACCACAUUAAUCAGAAAUUGUAGAGUUCAGUACAACAGAUAGAGCUAAAGUAAAUAAUUGAUAAGAAUAUAGGAAGAAUUUAGAUCCAAAACAUUUAGUGAAUUAAAAAUUCUAAAUUUAUGUAAUUAGCAUUCAAGAAAAAAAAUCAGUAAAUUCAAUCAUAAUCUUAGAUUGCUGAAAUAGAUAAUCUCUUUCUAUCUUAAACUGGUUUUAAUAUUAGAUUAUGUACAAGUGUAUUGAAAGAAGAAUUUGGUAAAAAAAUUGCUGUUUAUGGUACUAAUUUAACUUCCAGUCAUUCAUCUGUUCUUGUAUACAAAUUAUUUUAAAAUAUUAAAAGUCAAACAGUAGAACAGAUUCUUAGCCUGCUUUCCAAUCAAUGAUUUAACCAACUCCAUUAACUAAUUAAGUUUAAUGUGUUUAAAGACUCAAAUCAAUUGAAUUGGAACUAGUAUUUAUUAAUAUAUAUUUUAUACAAGGCAGAAGAAAAAAGAAAGAGAGAAUAAAUCUAUAAUACAAUUGAAAUCUCUAAAUUGAAGAAAGGUUCUCUUUUUAUUAAUUAAUAGGAUCCUCCUUAUUUAAAUUUAUUUUACCAAUCAUUUUAGGGGUUUUAUUAUCGAAUGUUUACUAAUUGAGUUUUAAAUAUUUUGAAUGA